AUGGAGCCGGCCGAGAACUGCGGCACGCUCGACGCAUGGGAAGCCAACGCUGCGUUUUGGGACGAGACAAUAGGCGCCGAAGGCAACAAGUACUGGCAGCUCCUCCAAGUCCCAUGCCUCAAGAGGAUGAUCCCCGUCAACUCUGGCACCAGGGUCCUCGAGUUAGCCACGGGCAACGGCCUGGGAGCGAAGCUGCUCGCGUCUCAGGGGGCCCUCGUCCUCGCGACGGACGGCAGCGAGAGCAUGCUGAAACUUGCCGCUCAACGGACCCCGCAGGACAUGGCGGACAGGAUCGAGUAUCGGCUCCUAGACGUAACCAAAGCCACCGCUUUUGAGGCACUGCUUGACGACCCCGUCGUUGUUGGCGGGUUCGAUGUUGUGCUCAUUAACAUGGCCAUCAUGGACAUUGAAACCCUCGACCCCUUAGCAGAGGCUCUGCCUAAGCUGCUCAAGAGGGGAGGAAUGUAA